GGCUGCCUGCUCGGCGGCGCGGCAGUGCCGGCGGGGCUAUGGCUGCGGAGGAGGUGCUGCAGGGCGCAGACCACUACAAGAGCGAGAUCGAGCGGCUGACCCGGGAGCUCUCCGAGACGACCCACGAGAAGAUCCAGGCGGCGGAGUAUGGGCUGGUGGUGCUGGAGGAGAAGCUCACGCUCAAGCAGCAGUACGAUGAGCUGGAGGCGGAGUAUGACGGCCUCAAGCAGGAGCUGGAGCAGCUGAAGGAGGCUUUUGGCCAGUCCUUCUCUGUUCACCGCAAAGUGGCUGAAGAUGGUGAAACACGGGAAGAGACUCUUCUCCAGGAGUCUGCAUCAAAGGAAGCCUAUUACCUGGGCAAGAUUUUGGAGAUGCAGAAUGAGCUCAAGCAGAGCAGGGCUGUGGUCACCAACGUUCAGGCAGAGAAUGAGCGCCUCACUGCUAUUGUCCAAGACUUGAAAGAGAAUAACGAAAUGGUGGAACUGCAGAGGAUACGAAUGAAAGAUGAGAUUCGAGAGUACAAGUUUCGAGAGGCGAGACUGCUGCAGGACUACACUGAGCUGGAAGAGGAAAACAUCACUUUACAGAAACUGGUGUCCACACUGAAGCAGAAUCAAGUUGAAUACGAAGGCUUAAAGCAUGAGAUUAAACGAUUUGAGGAGGAGACAGUGUUGCUUAAUAGCCAGCUAGAAGAUGCCAUCCGGCUGAAGGAGAUUGCCGAGCAUCAGCUGGAGGAAGCUCUGGAAACUUUAAAAAAUGAAAGAGAGCAAAAGAACAAUCUGAGAAAGGAACUGUCCCAGUAUAUCAACCUCAAUGAUAGUAUGUAUAAUAACCAUAUUAAUAUAUCAGUAGAUGGGUUGAAGUUUUCAGAGGACGGGGGUGAGCCCAACAAUGAUGACAAAAUGAAUGGACACAUCCACGGGCCUCUUGUGAAACUCAAUGGUGACUACAGAACUCCCACGAGCAGGAAAGGAGAAUCUCUGCACCCUGUCUCUGACCUCUUCAGUGAGCUCAACAUAUCAGAGAUACAGAAACUGAAGCAGCAGCUCAUGCAGGUGGAGCGGGAGAAGGCCAUUCUUCUGGCCAACCUCCAGGAGUCCCAGACGCAGCUGGAGCACACCAAGGGAGCCCUGACAGAGCAGCACGAGCGCGUGCACAGGCUCACGGAGCACGUCAAUGCCAUGAGGGGGCUGCAGAGCAACAAGGAGCUGAAAGUUGAGCUUGACUGUGAGAAGGGCCGAGAUUCCAGUGAGGAGGCACACGACUACGAAGUGGACAUCAAUGGCUUGGAGAUCCUGGAAUGUAAAUACAAAGUAGCUGUUACUGAGGUGAUAGACCUUAAAGCAGAAAUCAAAGCCUUAAAGGAGAAAUAUAAUAAGUAUGUGGAAAACUACACUGAAGAGAAGGCCAAGUAUGAGAGCAGAAUCCAGACGUAUGAUGAGCAGGUGACAAGCCUGGAGAAGUCGACCAAGGAAAGCCAGGAAAAAAUGGUCCACAUGGAGAAGGAGUUACAAAGGAUGACAAGCAUAGCAAAUGAAAACCACAAUACCCUUAACACUGCCCAGGAUGAGCUGGUGACGUUUAGUGAGGAGCUGGCUCAGCUCUACCACCACGUCUGCCUGUGCAACAACGAGACGCCCAACAGGGUCAUGUUGGACUAUUACAGGCAGAGCAGAGUCACCCGCAGCGGGAGCCUGAAGGGGCCAGAUGACCCUCGAGGUCUCCUUUCCCCACGACUUGCCAGGCGUGGGGUGGCAUCGCCUGUAGAAGCCAGGACCCUGACGGAGCAGGUGACGAAAGAGGCUGCAGAGCCCGGCAAGGAGCAGAGCCCAACAAAAACACCUUCCAUUUCUCCUGUCAUCACAGCCCCUCCUUCCUCCCCUGUCUCUGAUACCAGUGACAUCCGCAAAGAGCCUAUGAACAUCUACAACCUCAAUGCCAUAAUAAGGGACCAAAUCAAGCACUUGCAGAAGGCUGUGGAUCGGUCGCUGCAGCUGUCGCGCCAGCGAGCCGCAGCCCGUGAGCUGGCGCCCAUGAUUGACAAGGACAAGGAGGCCUUAAUGGAGGAGAUCCUGAAGCUGAAGUCGCUCCUGAGUACAAAGCGAGAGCAGAUUGCGACCUUGAGGGCAGUGCUGAAAGCCAACAAGCAGACAGCUGAAGUGGCACUGGCCAAUUUGAAGAACAAAUACGAAAAUGAAAAAGCAAUGGUGACUGAGACCAUGACCAAGCUACGGAAUGAACUAAAGGCUCUGAAGGAAGAUGCAGCAACCUUCUCAUCCUUGAGAGCAAUGUUUGCAACCAGGUGUGAUGAGUACGUCACACAGCUGGAUGAGAUGCAGAGGCAGCUGGCGGCUGCGGAGGAUGAGAAGAAGACCCUGAACUCUCUGCUGCGCAUGGCUAUCCAGCAAAAACUUGCCCUGACCCAGCGACUGGAGGAUUUAGAGUUCGACCACGAGCAAUCCCGACGCAGCAAAGGCAAGCUGGGAAAGAGCAAGAUCGGCAGCCCUAAAGUAAGUGAGGAGGCAUCAGCCACCGUGCCAAGCAUAGACACUUUCCUCCUGCAUAGUCAGGGCCCACAGCAACCAAACUUACUGGUCAGCAGUGGCACUCAGAGGAAAAGACUAUUCUCACCUUCCCUUUGUGAUCAGAGCCAUCCCAGGACUUCAGGGACCUACCUCCAGAAAUUAUUAAGAGCCCCCCCUCAUCCCGCCUCCACAGAAUCAUAUCUUCUGAGGGGCCCCCCUUCCAUGAGUGAAUUCAUCCAUGGGCACCGUCUCAGCAAGGAAAAAAGGUUAACCGUGGCCAUACCAGUCCUAAUGCUCUCCCAGAAGAGCAGCCACAUUCCAGCUCUCAGUGUGCCCCUCUCAACUGUCUCUCUAAGCCUCCUCCUUACCCCUAAUCUUCAUAUGCAACGUAAGAGAAAAUGCAAACAGAGUGGAGCUCAUGCAACAAAGGUUGGGGUUGUUCCCAGCAAGCGGGUAGACAAUCCUGCCUUGUUACUGCAUUGGCAAGUCUGGAUUCAUAUCCCCUGCUCUGGCAACUGAGGGAAGGUUGAGAAGAAGAACACAAAGCACAGAGCCCAACCUAUCAA